UCUCUCACAGCCUCUUUAUCUUUUCCCUUUUUGUAUAUUUUUUUUUCAUUUUUCCCCCUAACAGUUUUCUCUGCAGACGCUCCUAAACCCUAACCCUAAUUUCCCCAAAAUCAAGCUCAACUCUCCACAGAUUCAACCGAGCUAAAAAAGAGCAGCCUCAGAAUAAUGGGAGAGACAAAGGAGAACGAUGCUUACGAGGAGGAGCUUCUCGACUAUGAGGAAGAUGAUGAAAAAGCCCCUGACUCCGUCUCCGCCAAAGUCAACGGCGAGUCCGUUAAAAAAGGCUACGUAGGUAUCCACAGCUCCGGAUUCCGAGACUUCCUACUGAAACCAGAGCUUCUGCGUGCUAUUGUGGAUUCUGGGUUUGAGCAUCCUUCCGAAGUUCAACAUGAGUGUAUUCCACAAGCUACCUUGGGCAUGGAUGUUAUUUGCCAAGCAAAGUCUGGCAUGGGAAAAACUGCUGUCUUUGUUCUCUCAACAUUGCAACAAAUUGAGCCUGUUGCAGGUCAAGUUGCUGCGCUUGUAUUAUGCCAUACCAGAGAGUUGGCCUAUCAGAUUUGCCAUGAGUUUGAGCGGUUCAGCACUUAUCUCCCUGAUAUAAAGGUUGCCGUUUUCUAUGGUGGAGUCAAUAUCAAAAUCCACAAGGAUCUUCUAAAGAAUGAAUGUCCUCAUAUUGUGGUUGGAACACCUGGAAGGAUUCUGGCGUUGGCAAGAGAUAGGGAUCUCUCUUUGAAGAAUGUCCGGCAUUUCAUAUUGGAUGAAUGUGAUAAGAUGCUCGAGUCUCUGGACAUGAGGAGAGAUGUGCAGGAAAUUUUCAAGAUGACUCCUCAUGACAAGCAAGUUAUGAUGUUCUCAGCAACACUCAGCAAGGAGAUCCGCCCAGUUUGCAAGAAGUUUAUGCAAGAUCCGAUGGAAAUCUAUGUGGACGACGAAGCCAAGUUGACCCUUCAUGGUCUUGUACAGCAUUACAUCAAGUUGAGUGAACUCGAGAAAAACCGGAAGUUGAAUGACCUGCUUGAUGCGUUGGACUUUAACCAAGUUGUCAUUUUUGUCAAAAGCGUGAACCGAGCUGCUGAGCUGAACAAAUUGCUUGUGGAAUGUAAUUUCCCAUCUAUCUGCAUUCAUUCGGGCAUGUCCCAGGAAGAAAGGUUGACACGCUACAAGGGUUUCAAGGAGGGGCAUAAGAGGAUUCUUGUGGCGACAGAUUUGGUUGGUAGGGGAAUUGACAUUGAGAGGGUUAACAUUGUCAUUAACUAUGACAUGCCAGAUUCUGCAGACACUUAUUUGCACAGGGUUGGUAGAGCUGGUAGAUUUGGCACAAAAGGUCUUGCCAUUACGUUUGUUUCAUCAGCAUCUGAUUCUGAUGUCCUCAAUCAGGUUCAGGAGAGGUUUGAAGUGGAUAUAAAGGAGCUUCCUGAGCAGAUUGAUACUUCUACAUAUAUGCCCUCGUGAUGACGUGACAGAGUUCUUAUGUGGCAAAAUUGGAAAUGAUGUCCAAGUUACUGAACUUUUGUUCGCAUCGCUUUGAGAAUUCUUCUGAGUUGAUUGCUAGAGAACUGUUCUAUUGUUCACACCGUGCUACUGAGAUUCUUGUAUCUUAUUUAGACUUAUAUGGUUUGGCAGCUUAGAGAGGAUUUAAAAAUGUGUUACAAUACGACUUGCUAGAUAUUAUUCUCCAGUUGUCCCUAGAUAAUCCUUCAAACUUUUUUUUUUAACGUAGUAGUCGGACGGCGUAAUAUUAGCUUUAUUUGGUUAAUUUUGAGCUUCGGAGAGGUGAAUCAUAUAAAGCCCUGCAGUUCCUGUUACAAACGAUGAUUUUGGGGGUGUCGAGCUCAAGUGGGUUAGCAUGAAUUCUGAAGCUCGGAUUGGGAUUCGGAUGGAAUGGAAAGAAUGUUGGAUUCGGUUAUAGCGGGGCUUGCAGUCUACAGCGAUGUCUCAUUUAAUGCUUUUUAAUCUCAUGAUUUGGAUUGCUGUGCGCCGUAACUGCAAAUUCAGGAGUAGUUUGUGACAAGGAAAGGAUGCUCUUUCCUGUUAAUGCUUUCAAUGGGGAAUGUUGCUGUGAUUGUUGGAAAGGGUAACCAUGGCUACCAAAAUUAGUGAUAUCUAUGCAAUGUUUUUGGUGGUCUAAAAAAUUUUCGUUUAAGAGGAGCAAUUAAAACGCUUUUGACA